AUGUUUCUCACCUUCUCUGUUGGCAAGAAGAAGACAGCCGCACCCGCUGUGACGACGGCGACACAACAAGAAGAAACUAUACGGAUUGUGGAGCCCAACCCACCGAGUUACGCCAUAGCCAUAGACGUCUUCGUAUGCGAAACGACUGAAGUCGACGCCGCCGCUGGCACGGAGACCUGGGUUGUAGACAAACAACCAGGAAGGCCGCUUGCUCGCGGUCACAUCUUGACCUUGCGGCUUGGAGAUCACGUGAUCGGAUCGGGCAGGAUCUCAACUGUUGACGCCCUCACUCGCCACUGGGUCACGUUCCGCCUGGCCGGAGCACGUGAGGGAAUGCGUGUCCGUGUCCCCAUACCGUGGGCCGGCCUUAGCGGGUACAGGUCAUACACCCACACAUCCCAAUUCCAUGCUCUAUCGCCGACUCCAGAGCCCCACGCACUGUUCAAAGACUCCCCGCCGUUCGCAGACCCCGACGAAAACCCGUACGAGUUCGAAAUGACGACGGGAAAGGAGAUCAGGCUCCUCGCUAAACUCAAAUCGAUCUCGCCGGAGCACGACCAAACGGAGAUGCUCACGUGGGAAUGA